CGGGAGCGGCUGCGGUGCCGGCGGGGCGGGCCCGGCGGGGCGGGGGGCGGCGGGGCCGGGAUGCUGCCGGCGCUGCCGGACGGCGAGGAGCGGGAGCUGGAGCUGGAGAGCAGCGAGGAGGGCGGCGCGGGCGAGGAGCGGCGGCCGGAGCGGCACGGCAGCACCUACCACAGCCUCUACGGCUACCGGAGCUGCGGAUCCUGGGAGCAGGGCGCCGAGCCUGGGCAUGGCGGGCCCGGCAGCGCGGCAGAGACACCUCCCAGCCAAGGCUUCAGCCUCUCCUUGCUGGACACCAACUUACCAGCUGAAGCGGAGACUGAGCUGCGCAGUUUUAUCUCCAGGCGCCUUGCCAAGGGAGCCCUGUUGGAGGGAAUGGGGAAUGUAGCAUCAGUGGAGCUGAGCAUACCAGAAUAUAAAGUUGGUUGUUAUUACUGUCGUUUCCAACAAGAAAAUCUUCUAGAAAUGGCAACACAGGAAUCAGACAUCAGCACUCCAGAAUAUGUCGUUUGCUUCUUAGGUGGCUCAGAGAAGGGUCUGGAACUUUUCAGACUUGAGCUGGACAAAUACAUUCAAAGUCUGAAGAUAAAACCUGUUUUGGAGCAAAAAACUUUGGAGACUUCCGUGAAUCCUGACCUGAAAAGCUGGUUUGAGAAUGCCCUGUGCCCAAUUCAGAGAGUGGUUCAGCUCUUCCAGGAGAAACUCUCCUUUUUGCUACAUGCUGCUUUGAGUUACACUCCUGUGGAAGUGAAAAAUGCAGAUGAAAGAACAGAAAAAGAUAUUAGCAGGUUUCUGGCAGCUGCUGGCCUCCAAGGCCUUGUUCAGGAAGGCACAAUGACAUCCUUGUCUAUUGCCAUGACGGAAGAGCAGCACAAGUCAAUGAUUAUAGACUGUAGUGGACCUCAGCCUCAGCUGAGUAAUGCAGGAAGCAACAGAUUCUGUGAGGACUGGAUGCAAGCUUUUGUGAAUGGUGCUGAAGGUGGAAAUCCAUUUCUCUUCCAGCAGAUUUUGGAAAACUUUAAAUUGAAGGCUAUACAAGACAUUAACAACCUGAAGAGGUUUAUCCGCCAGGCUGAAAUGAACCACUACGCCUUGUUCAAGUGUUACCUGUUUCUCAAGAACUGUGGCAGUGGUGACAUCCUUUUGAAGAUCGUUAAAGUAGAACAUGCAGAAAUGGCAGAAGCCAGAAACGUAGUGACCGUCCUUGAGGAAUUCAUGAGAGAAACAUCAGGGGCUUAAAAAUUAUUUUAAUUAUUCUGUACUUGUUUGAGGGUAUUGUAUAAAUCAUUCAUUUCUUCUGUGCAGCUUAGUUUCACCAUUGGAGGAUUUCUUAUUUAUAUUUAAAAGUAUUACCUAAGGAAAACCUAAGUUGCAGUUUCAUCUGCCUGUUCUCUUUUUUAGAGAAAGCAGUAUCAGCUCUUUUUAAUGUGUAAAUACCCAAUUAUACAAACUCCUGCAUAGUUUACAGUGCUUACCAGAUUCUCCACAUGAUUUGCUCCUUUUCUGAGGAAAUAAUGACAUUGGUUUUUUAGUCAUUGCACAUACACAAAUAAAACCCCAAAUCCCUUACCUGGCAAGUAUUUUAAGUGUUUUAAAUAUUUUAAGUAUCUUUAAAAUAGUCAUGUUUAAUCAUUAAGAUCUGGUUACUAUUAAUACAUAAAGCACAAAUAUCUGGAUAAAUAAAAGUAGAUUGAUCAUAUUUGUUUAUGUAAGAGAACAUGCGUAACAAGGCUGUAGCUAGUUUCCAUAUUCUACAUUCUAAGUGGCAGUUUGAUCUUCAGGUACUAAACAACUUGUUUAUUGGUAUAAAACAGACCUGCAUUAAGCCUGAACUGCAUUGAGGAAUCAGUUUGUAUGUAGGCAUACAUACACUGGACAGACAUGUUACAUUCCCAGGCUAUUUGAUGAAUUCCCUUCUUUAUUAGUUUGUGUUGUGACCUUCCUUGUAUGUUCUUAGUACCCAUUUUGCAGAGCUGUAAAUAAUCAUGUGUUUUUCAGUUGUGGAAAAUUAAACCUGAAAACUACAGGUUAAAUAUUAACUUUAAAUUAAUAGAAACUUCUUCAGAAAUUGAAGUAAACUAAGUUACCAAGUUAAUCAGACUUCAAAACAUUUAAUUAUAUUUCAGCAAUGAAUUCUUAACCACACAAUAGGACAUUUAGGCAGCAGAAUCCUUGAAUAAAAUCUUUGGCUGCAGCUGGAGUUAAUGCUCAUGAGACCUCCGAGUGACCACAUAAACAAGGAUUAUUUCUGCAAGCCUGACAGAAGCAAAACUUGUUACUUUCCUUUGCAGCAGAGGCUGAAGGCCUAACUUAAGGCAUUGGAACAAUUGUCCCCAAAACAGUAACUGUAACAGCCUUACUAAUACAGUGAACUUGACUGACUGCUCUGCCUGUGCUGCAUACUGUGAUGAUGAAAGCUGAAUGCUUUCCUGUGACUGGAACCUGUAAUACGGUUUACAAUAAAACACAUUCAAAUCCUUA